AUGAAGCACAGUAACUCACUGACGUCACUGUCAUCCAUGGACAAGGAUGUUUAUUCAUCCUCACUGACACACAUUGGAAGGGCUGCUCCCUUAGAACAUUCAGCCACCCACAACCAUUCGCAUUCAAAAAUGACCGAAGAGCUUCAGCUCCAAAGAAGACCAAGCUAUCAGUCGAAACAAAUCAGUGAGGCGAUUUCGAGCAACCCUCAUAAGCGUAGGAAACGUCACAAUUUGAUUACGGCAAAUCUGUGUGGAACUAGAUAUGAAGUUGUUCGGCGUACAGUAGAGAAGCUGGGUUUCACAAUUGUCCCAGACGACGAUCCAGCUUCAUAUCUGAUAUGGAAUGACAGUUUUGUUUCACCAGAUAGAAUCAGUGAGCUCAAACAGUAUCAGCAUGUCAACCACUUCCCAGGGAUGGUGGAAGUUACUCGGAAAGAUGCAUUGGCAAGGAACUUUUCAAAAAUGCAGAAGGCAAUACCUGAUGUCUACAACUUUAUUCCAAAAACAUGGGUGUUACCUGCGGACUAUUUGUUGCUUCAGAACUAUGCCAAAGAUAUGAAGCAGAAGAAGAAGAAUGUGACCUUUAUUGUAAAACCUUCGAAUGGUGCACAAGGUCAUGGAAUCUCGUUAUUCAGAAAUGCUGAGAAGAUUCAGUCAAGUGAACAUUACAUUGUCCAGGAGUACAUUGACAAGCCACUCCUUCUUGAUGGGUACAAGUUUGACCUGCGAAUCUAUGUCCUCAUAACCCAUUGUGACCCACUGCGAAUAUUUCUCUAUAAUGAUGGCUUGGUUAGACUGGCUACAGAAAAAUAUAUGCCACCACAAGAGAGCAAUAUUCACCGGCUAUUUAUGCACCUGACAAACUAUGCAGUAAACAAGCGCAAUGAACUCUACGACAAGAACAUGGCAUUUGACACAGGCAGCAAAAGAUCUAUUCGGUACUUUAACGAGUACCUUCAGCGAAGCGAUAUUGAUGUGGGCUUAUUGUGGCGAAGGAUCGCUGACAUGAUUGUUCAGACAUUGCUGGUUGCACAGCCCCAUGUUCUACAUGCUUAUCGAAUGUGCCGACCUGGUGUUCCGUUCGGAAGCAGCAGUGUUUGUUUUGAGAUUCUUGGUUUUGAUGUCAUGAUUGACCGCAAACUGCGACCUUGGCUGCUUGAGGUGAACAGAUCUCCAAGCUUAGGCACAGAUGAGAAACUGGACUAUGAGAUCAAGUCAGCCAUGCUGGAAGAUACCCUCAGACUUUUGGAUAUCAGAGUUGGAGAUAAACGGAAAAACAUCCAAGCUCAGAAAGCUGAGGCUCAGAAGCGUUUAUUUCGAUUAAAUCGCAAAGCUGGUAUUCUGGAUUUUACUGUGCUUAAUAAGAGGAGUGCUCAAAAUGAGAAACGGAAAGAAGAACUGAAAGAUCUACUUUACAAAGUCAGAAAGAUUGCAUCUAAGGAAGAGUUUGAACGACGAAACUGCGGCCGGUUCAGGAGAAUCUUCCCCAGUGAUAACCACGAAAAACAGGAUCAUUAUUGCAAAAUAAUGAAUGAAGCCUUCUCAGUGUUUCUAGCUGGACGGGGUGCCAGCAUGCAGAAGGAAAUUCAAGUGAAUUAUGGAAACAAAUACAAGGAGGAUGAAAUCCUUGACAUGAUAGCCGAAUGUGAAACAUAUGAGAGGGAUUGUGGGAUUUAUCCUGGCAGGAAGCCACUUUUUGGUCCUAAGCCCUUACAGAGUAUGCCAGAAUCCCUACCUGCACCUUCGAGACAAGAUACCAUGGAUGAGGACAUUGAUGACAUUGCCUCUAGCAUCAACAGCAGACACAGAUCUCUGUCAUCAGGGUCCGGAUCAAGGUCCAACAGCCGGAGAAGAAAGCCCAUUGGAGGUUCUAGCUCGGUACCAACCUCUGGGGAAGUCAAGGUUGUGGGGAAGGGUCAGAGGCCUUUCUCUCAGCCCAUUCAUGGAGGAGUGGGAGGCCAGGACAGGUCCAGGAGUCUUACUCGUGCUGCUGCUGCUAGCAAAGUCAUACUGCUGCCGAGGUCAAAUGCUGUAAACACGCAGAACAUGAUGCAGAAAGAGAAAGAAAAUGAGUUCACAAAGAAGACAUUGAUAUCUCUGAGAGAAAUGAGAAUCAAGUUUCCUGGGAAAACUGAUGAAGAAGCAGAACUGUUGUUGGACGAGAUCAAUGAAAACUGGAAGUUCCACAAGCCAAGGAUAGCUUCAUAUUGGCUAGUUAAACUUGAUACUGUCAAAAGAAGAAAGGUGAUAGAUAUCGUCAGACAUAAUGUCCGCAAUAUAUUACAACAUAUCUGGCACACUGCUGAUAUUGAUAGCCUCCGCCUGUGCCGAAUAUUUGGCCGUCUGUUUAACAGAUUGCUCUGGAGUCACGGUCAAGGACUUUGGCUCUGCUUUUCUUCAAAAAGUAAUGUAUGGGAAACAAUGUUCUGCAAAAGUGGUGAAAAUGUGUCAGACAGCGAACUAGAAUGCUGUCGAAGGAUUACUCAGUUGUGCCAGGACUGUUUGCUGAUCGUCUACAUGUUUGCCGAGGAGGCCAGAAGUUCAGCCAACAUAGCUGCUGACGAGCAGAGCCAGCAGCAAGGCGACAAUAAGUAUGUCAUGCCUGUGCAGACUGGGUAUGUGAGCAGCCAUGACCUAAAGCCUCCCAUCAACUGGACCCCAAGCACCAAAUAUAGCCAAAGAUUCCUCAAGCUUUACCCAACAUGUAACCACAGCACCUCUUGA